CAGGGAAACAGCAGCUGGCUGACAGAGAAAGGGAGCCGGUGUGUCUGUUGGAACUGGUGGGGUAGCAGGAGGAGGUGAAAGGGCCCCGCCAAAGGCUCUGCCAGAUUAAUCAGAGAUGCAAACAGACAGAAUUCACAAAUCUUGCAAGUUGCCUGAAGGAUUUCAGAGCAAGGUCGUGGCACCUCGCAAUCCGAAGCUGAUCAAAGAGGAAAAGAAGAAAGAUGCCCCACUGACUCCGUCUACCUUCCUGAAAGAGAUGUCUCUCACGACAGAGCAGAAGCUCGCAAGCACUCAUCAGAUGCGCCUCCCUCGCAUCGUCCAGCUUCUAGACAUGAGUGAAACAUCACACCAAAAGUUCUCUUCAGUCGAUCUGGACCAGUCGCUGUUUCAGCCAUUCCCAUCUGAAGUGAUUUUCCAGAAUUUUGCCCCUUGUGAGAUCUAUGAAGUGCCACUGAUUCUGCGGAACAAUGACAAGAUCCCCAGGCUGGUGAAAGUGGUCCUGCAGAGUUCGCCCUACUUCCAAGUCAUUAGCCCCAAUAACGUGUGCAACAAAGUUGCGCCUGGCAUGCCAUCUACAUUCCGCAUCCUCUUCACUCCAGAGGAGAACAAGGAUUACUUGCAUGAAGUGACCUGCAUUACUGAAAGGGAAAAAUUUAUUGUGCCUAUCCGAGCAAUUGGAGCCAGAGGCAUUCUGGACUUCCCUGACCAACUGAAUUUUUCUACCUGCCCGGUCAAGUACAACACACAGAAAACACUGCUGGUUCGCAACAUUGGGAACCGAGAAGCCCGCUACCAAAUCACUACAAAGAGCCCUUUCUCUGUUGAGCCCUCCACUGGGACCCUUGGAGUUGGGGAGACCACACAGUUCAUAGUUGAAUUUCUACCACAAGAGACCGGUAAUCACUGUGAGGACCUGGUAGUGCAUUAUGAUACAGGGGAGGAUAUCCAUGUCUGCAUUUAUGGCGCAGCUGCAGAUGUUAAUGUGAGACUGGAGAAGAGCUCCUUAACCAUUGAGAAGACCUACAUCACUUUAGCAAGCCAGAGGUCUGUAGCUAUUCACAAUCGGAGCAACAUCAUUGCACAUUUCCAGUGGAAGUUCUUUGUGACACAAGCAGAGGAGGAACAGAAAAAACAAAUGCUCUGCCGGUCAAUGCAGGUUGAAGAAGAGGACAUGGUGGAUCAGUUUCUGCAGGAAUGCAUCACGAAUCCUACUCUCCGCGAGCAUCUCUCAAUAGUCACUCGAACCUUUCGGAACCGCCAGGCAGCUGUGUACGAGGACCCCAUGCUCUUCAACAACAACAUUUUCACAAUCGAACCUCUGGAGGGAGAUGUCUGGCCCAAUUCCACAACUGAAGUUAGCGUGAUCUUCAGACCUCAAGAAGCUGGGAUUUAUCAUCGCACUGUAUAUUGUGAUAUCUCAGGCCGUGAGAACAGACUUCCUCUUCGCAUCAAAGGAGAGGCCAUGGGUCCCAAGCUGCUUUUCAACUUUGACCAUCUGAACAUUGGCAAAAUUUUCAUUGAGUCAGCCCACAGUUAUGAGGCCAUUUUGUCUAACCAAGGAGCUAUUGACGCCCUCUUUAGCCUGACAUGCACAGCUACUCCCCUGGGCUCCUGCUUUAGUUUUCAGCCCAGUGAAGGUAUCAUCCAGCCUGGGGGCCAUCAAGCCAUUCAGAUCACCUUCAGUUCCACUGUCCUGGGAGAGUUCUCUGAAGAGUUCCAGUUCAACGUCAAUGGAUCUCCCCAGCCUGUGAACCUAGUAAUUAGUGGCUGUGUUAUUGGACCUACAUUUCAUUUCAAUGUCCCAUCCCUCAAUUUUGGGAAUGUCUCCUUUGGUUUUCCUCACACUCUUUCCUGCUGCCUCAGCAACACAUCUCUGGUACCGAUGACCUUCACCCUUCGUGUCCCAGGAGAUGGCUGUGAGCCCAGUGUCGAGAGUCAAAUUCAAGCCUCUGACAUUACACGGGAAGACUGGAGAAAGGCACGGCUUGGAAGCGUGAGGCCCAAGGAAUUUACCAUCACUCCCAGCCAGGGUACCAUCCGUUCCCAAGGGCUAAUGGAUAUCCAGGUGACCUUAUGUUCCAAUACUGUGAAGAAAUAUGAAACGGCGCUGGUGGUAGACGUGAAGGGUAUUGGCGAAGAAGUGCUGGCACUUCUAAUUACAGCAAGAUGCAUCACACCUACCCUGAGUGUGGCUAAUUCCAUGCUGAAUUUUGGACGUUGCUUUCUGAAGUUCCCCUACCAGCAAAUGGUGCAUCUCAUUAAUGACAAUGACCUGCCAGGAUGCUAUGGCCUCCUUCCCCAGGAAUAUGAGAAGAGUCCUCCAAUCCUGCAUUCCAGUCCAGCACCUUGUGGCAUCAUUCCGCCUCAUGCCAUUGUUGAAAUCCCUGUGGCUCUGGAAGUCCAGGAGAGGGGGCAGCAGGAAGCCAUAGCCCAUAUUGCUGUUUUUGGAAGUGAAGACCCGCCUUUGGAAAUUGAUCUGGUGACCUUUGGAGAAGGCCCGGUUGUUUAUGUGCAUCCUGCUACGCUAGAUUUUGGCAAUAUACAGGUCUUAAAGGAUGCCUCCAGGAUGCUCUUCCUUUCCAAUCAAUCUGUUAUUCCUGCACCAUUCGAGGCAGAGAUGGCCCGCAGUAAUUCUCUGUGGAGGAUUGAGCCCAGCAAUGGUGUAGUUCCUCCAGAGGCUGAGAUAUCGAUCACUCUGAUAGCACACCUGGAUGAUACUGUGGAAUUCCAGGACAAAGCCCACCUGACCAUAGAGAACAGCAAUUCCUAUAUCAUCCCAAUCCAGGCUACUGGCAUUGGUACAACCAUUGUCACAGACAAGCCCUUCGCUCCGGCCAUCAAUCUGGGACCGCACUUCAGUUUGGACCCCUGCUGCUAUCGCUUCAAGAUAACAAACCGUGGGCGUCGCACCCAUCAGCUUUACUGGAUGACAGAAGGUUUCCCCCCGUUUUGCCAGCGCAAAGCCAACCCUGUUGUCAGUGCUAACACAAACAAUAGGAGCUCCCAUCCAAAGCCUGGGUGCCGGCUUCCUGUGUUUAAACUGACACCAUUGAGAAUGGAGCUGGCCCCUGGAAAGACCAUGGACAUGAUGCUGGAAGGUUCUUCUGACACUCCCAAGGUGGUGAAGGAAAGGCUGAUAUGCCAUGCCAUCAUAGGGAAGCAGUCUGGGAAGGAGCGUAUCAUGACAGUGGAUGUCAUCUGUGAGUUCAUUGCACCUGUUCUACAGAUUUCCUCCAGCAAGAUCAUAUUCCAAGUGGAGAAGAGCCCUGGUGGUGCCUUAACUGCACAGUAUGAACCUCUGAGCUUGAAGAAUGUAUCUUCUUUGCCACUCAACGUCCUUCUGACCUUGCAAGACCCUUUCUUCCUCUGUGAUAGUACAUGUCAGCCUCUGUCUGAACCCUGUCAGCCUAUACCAAUAGAUGUUGAUGGGGAACAUCAUCUUUGUGUCGGGUUUGACCCCACUUACAGAGAUGACCUUUAUAAUCGAGUUGCAGAGGAAGUCUUAACUAUCCGUUACCUUGAGCAUCCUCAUGUGGACCAUGUCAAACUCCGGGGAGAGGUGCGCUUUCCAAACCUCCACUUUGAAACUAUGGAUCUGAAUUUUGGCUGCAUCUUGAAUGACACGGAAGUUAUUCGCUACGUUGACAUGACCAACUGCAGCCCUCUUGUUGUCAAAUACCGAUGGUCCUUUUUGCCAGAUGAUCAAGGGACCCAAAUAAGAGAAGAGGCUAUUGAAGAAACCAAGAGCUGUACUGGUGAAGAAGAGGCUGCCAUUAAACAGCUUUUAGAUGUAGGGGGUGACGAUUCAAAAGCAAAGGCCUCAUUGCCAAGUGCUGAUGAAGUGGAAGAAGGUCUUCUAAAGAAGAACCAGGCAGAAAGCAAGGAAGUGCUAUGGUGUCUCAGACCUGAGGAGCAUCAUAUAACAGGCGUGGAAGAAGUGUUUGACAUUCUGCCUCUGUAUGGGGUGCUACAGCCAGACAAGACCCAGCAAAUGUCAUUCACUUUCUAUGGCCAUGCCAACAUUGUUGCCCGCGUGAAAGCACUCUGCGAAGUGGAAGGUGGUCCUGCCUACAAGAUCCUGCUCAGUGGUGAGGCCUCCCUUGUCAGUUAUGCAUUUGACAUCAAGGAGAUUGACUACGGGCUCCAGCCUUUUGAUCAAGUCAGUGAGGCUGAGAUUAAACUGCAGAAUACUGGAAAAGUUGGGUUUCAAUACACCGUUCUUGACAGCAUUUUGGCUUCAGCCAACAACCCUCCACCUGGUGUGCCGCUGACUCUGCCUGUUUCUAAUUACAUUGAAUCACAAAAGGAGCAGGUGCUGAAAGUCUAUUAUUUGCCUGGAGUACCUGAGGUCUUCCAGAGGACUUUCAAGAUCCAAGUAGCUCACCUGGAACCAGACAGCAUCACCCUGAAAGGAGAGGGAAUCUUCCCCAGAAUUUGCCUGGAUCUGCCCAGAAACUUCAGAGGAAACGAACAUUACAGCAGCAUCCUUAAAGAGGCAAAGCGAUGCAUUGAACACAGUUCACAGAAAGACAUGCUUUUUAACAGCUUGGAAGCUACAGAUGGCCCCGUGGAUGAAUCCAUCACUGCAUUUGACAUGCAGCUGCAGAUGGAAGUGGAGAGGCUGCUUGUUCAACAGCACGCCCUGGAGCAGCAGCAGUUCCUGGCCUGUGAGGACCCAGUCAUCAGCCAGCGAACUCGCCGAAGACUCGUCAAAGCCCAACUACCUGAGUACAUCUUGGAUUUUGGCUACAUCAUUUUGGGUACCAUAAGGACACACAUUGUCAAAAUCACCAACACCAGCCAGUUCCCUGUGUCCUUCCAUGCAGACAAACGGCACCUGCGAGAUACAGGUUUCACCAUUGAACUGGAUCGAGUGAAGAACCUGCCAUACUGUGAGACAGAGACAUUUGAAAUACGGUUUGAUCCCCAAAGUGCCAACCUGCCUCUUGGAGAGGUGAAAGUCCUUCUGCCCAUCAAGGUGGUGUCUGGGCCCACGUUUCACAUCUCUCUCCGUGCCACUGUCAUCAUGCCAUCCCUCUGCAUGUCCAGUGACAACUUGGAAUUCUCUGCUGUGCAGUGCGGCCAGUGUCAGAUGGAGAUUGUUCAGUUUCACAAUCAGCUGCAGGUCACAUGCGAGUGGUUUGCCACCAGCAAUGAGCAAACGAAAAAGGUGGAUAAGCAUAUGCCGGUAGCCUUACGUCGAAAGAUGCGCCAAGAAUUAAAGAACAAGCCACAUGUCUUUGAGAUGAUCCCUCCCUAUGGGAUCCUGUCUCCAGGAGAGCGAUUCAACGUGCAAGUGAAAUUUGCACCAAGAGAAGAGAAAUUCUACAGCAACUAUUUGAUCGUGAGCAUUGCUCAAAGCACUCAACAACUGCUGCUCCGUGUCUCGGGACAUGGUCUAGAGCCACGUCUAGAGUUCCACCCUUCUAUUGUGGAACUUGGACCCCUCCUGCCUUAUGCCAUUGGGGAUGAGGCUGAAGUGGUGGUGAAGAAUCCAUGCAGCUUCCCCAUUGAGUUCUACUCCUUGGAACUGGACCAGCAGUAUUUGCUGGAGGAACGGAUUUUACGUAUGUUGAAAGGCUAUGACAGCCAUAAAAUCCUUCUGUUGCCUCCUCGCUUGCCUGGGGAGAAGCUGCCUCCUGAAGUGCUGGAAUAUUACGAGGAGCAGAAGAAGAUUCAAGGUGACCAGGAGUCCAUUCAUCAUGAUCACGAAGAGGAAGAAAACACUGCUGUAUCUGAACACAGAAUAAAGCCUCAUCCUUCUGGUACAGCAUCCACUGGUGGAAGUGUUGUCCCUUCUGCUUCACAUUAUGAAGCGCCACGCACUUACAGAAUUGAAUCCAAAUUUGAUCAGGAGGAGGAAGAAGAGGAGGAGGGACCUGACAAAGGUCAAGGGCAAGUUGGCAGUCAGCAAAGCAUUCCCAAGCAGAAGGAGGCUGUGGGAGAACUGGACAACAAUCCUGUUUCCCGUGCCAUUGCCCGCCACCUCGGUAUUGAUAUCUCUCCAGAAGGACGGGCUGCCAGGAACCGCAGAGGCAUUGCCAUUGUGAUCCAUGGAGCUCCCCUUACAGGAAAGACCAGUGCAGCCGUCACCCUAGCCAAAUAUUACAGUGCUGCCUGCUUGUCUAUUGACUCUGUGGUAUUGGAAGCUAUCUCUGAUGGGAGCAGCUCAGCAGCCCUUCGUGCACGGGAACUCUGCGUCCGAGCCUCCAUAGAGCAGACACAGCGGGAAACGGAUGAUGGUGGAGCUGACGGACAGCCAGUUAUAUCUCUGGGUAAUAGGCUGAGUACUGAGGCUUUAUCUAAGCAUAUCUCCAAUGGCAGCCAGCAGGGCUCUGAGUCCAAAAUGGGGCCACAGUCAAACACUUCUAGAGGCUAUCGAGGGAGUUCAGUAACAGCCAAGGGCAAGUCUGAGGGCCACAUGUCACAGGUCCCAAAGCAACUGCAGCAUCAACCGUCUGAUCAGCCUGGAUCUCAGAUUCCAUCCAGCCCCAUCACCAGUAUUCCCAUCCAGCGGCGCCUCAGCAUCAGUGCCAGUGUAGCUGGAGAUUCUGGCCUGAUGAGCUGUGUGUUUCCUGAAGAGCUCUUGGUGGAGAUCCUCUCUGAGAGGAUGCAGCUCAGUGACUGCUAUCGCGGUGUCAUAUUUGAUGGGUUGGAGACCUUGUUUGCCCGUAACAUUCCAACAGCGCUCAUUUGCCUACUCAAAGCUAUUAAUAAUCGACGCCACAUAUACUUGGUGAACCUGUGCCAGGACUUUACAGCCAUGAAAGCCAGAGAGAAAGCCAAGCAAGAGCAGGAAGAACGGGAGCUGCAGGAAGCCAUUGCACAUGAGAAGACUCGUCUCCAGGAGAUGGAUGAAGAAGAAUAUGAUGCCCUCACUGAGGAACAGAAAAUCCAGUUUGACAGUGAACUGCUGCAGGCGGUGCGGGAGCGGAAAAAGAGGGAAAUGGAGAAACAAGCUCGGGAGUUGGAGGAAAAGAAACACCAGCAGGAGCUGGAGCGUUUGCGGGAGGAGGAGGAGAUGAAGAAGAAAAGCAAGCGGUACAAGAGGGAUGCAGGAAAGGAGAAAGAAGAGUCCACAGGAAAGAAGGGCCAAACAGGAGGGAAGCAACCGAAUGAAGGAAUAGAACGUAAAGCAUCUGCAAAGGAACGUCCCGAUCUGAUUGCCAAUGACAAGGACGAGAAGAAAAAAAAGACCAAGCAGGUGCAGAAUGGGCAGCAAGGGGGAGCGCCCACUCCAGCCCAGGAAGAGGAGGAAGCUGAGAAGGAAAUGAUGAAUGAGAGUGAGAAGCACUUGGCACAGCAGUUCAAGCUCUAUGAGGCCUCACAGAAAGACAUUGUUCAGAUCCUCUUGUCCUGGGAUCGGGUUCAGGGCAUUCAACUGCAGCCCCCAGGCUCUGAGGAGAAGCAGGAGGAAGCGGAGGACCAGCGGCAGGCACCGUCAGGACGCAAGGGCCGGAAGGACAGGGAACGAGAGCGGCAGGAAAGGCUGGAGAAGGAACGAGCUGAGAAAGAGCGUCUGGAGAAGGAGAAAGCAGAGAGAGAACGUCUAGAGAAGCUGAAAGCCAUGGAGGACAACAGAAUCGCAGGACACGAGGGAGAAGGGGAAGUAGUAGACAGCAUUGGAGUCCCAUGCUUAGACAUCCAGGUGCUGAGUUCUGAGGAUUCGAGUGGCAAGAGGAUCCUAGAUAGCGGCAAACUUCCAGGUGCAGACCAGAUCUUGGAUGGCUUAGGACUGGGUCCCUCAGGGCCUCCCAUCCCCCCUACUGCCUUCUUCUCUGUGAUCCCCUACCCAGAGAAACGACAGCUGCCUGUUCCAGGGGAGGCGCUCAAGCACUUCACCUUUAUUGCAACUGAAGACACAACAGUCUCUGAAGAUGAUAAGAAGGAAGCUGAAUCCACUGCAGAGAUCACAGUCAGUCUCCCAGUAGUGAAGGAGGAACAGAUCACCCCAACUCGAGGCAGGUCCAAGAAGGAAAAGCCAGAGGUAACCCGCGAAUCAUUGAGAGAUAAAAAGGGCACAGCCCGUGGCAGAAAGGGCGCUCAGCCGAGCCCUGGCACAUUGACACCUCUGUCUGAGCUAGAUCAAGCCGGCCUAGCUGCGGAGCCAUCUGCUGAGAAGCUCCUCAGGCUAACCACCUUCCGUUGGACCAUCCCGGCCAAUGGGGAGGUUUCCAUGCGCCUCCAUUUCUCUUCCACAAAAGUAGGACUGUUUGAUCAAGUCUUCAACUUUGAAAUCCAGGGAACACGGAGGCAGUACCAAGUUUACUGCAGGGGUAUCUGCACAUAUCCAACCAUUUCCCAAGACCCCAGGAUAGUGUUCCCCCAUCGUAAAAAGAGUAUCAAACCUGAUGAGAUUGUCAUCAAAAAAUACAUCAUGAGUACGAGUGUGUUUCACUUUGGCCCCUUGCUCUGUGGGAAGUCAAGAGACAAGUACAAGGCAAACCGAUCCCCCAAUCACUUUGAAAGAAUAACCAUCCUCAACAUAUCUCCUUUGGAAUGUGAAAUAAAUUUCUGCUUCCAGCAUGAUUUCAAGGCAGUUACUUAUCUCUUGGAUCCGCCCACCAUGACACUUAAGCCUAAUGAACAACAGAAAUUGACGGUAUGGGCCUAUCCAACAGGCAGUGGUGUAUUUGAAGAUAGCAUUGUCUGCUGCAUUAAAGAAAACCCGGAGCCUGUAACCUUCCGGAUCUCCAGCCAAGGAGUUCGCCCAGAGCUCGAGCUGGACCGCAAACAACUCCAUUUUGAAAAGCUUCUGUUACACAGGAAGGAAAGCAAGUCUCUCUUCUUCAAAAACAACACGCCACUACCUGUUGCAUGGCGGAUCAGUGGCCUGGAGAACAUUGGUGAGGACUUCACUGUGUCAGAUGAUAUGGGCGUUGUUGAGGCCUUCUCUGAGUACUGUAUGCAGCUGUACUUUAAGGCUUCCAAGGCUCUCAACAUUAAGAAGGCCAUUCGUCUGGAGGUUUCAGAUACAGAAAACGUCCUGGGAAUUGUCCAGAUUGAAACCAUACAAAUCAUUGCUGAAGCCUAUGACGUUGCUUUGGACAUCAGCUUCCCCAAAGGUACUGAUGGCAGCUUGGAGUUUGGGUUUGUGAGAGUCAUGGAUGAAUCUAAGCAGAUAUUAUCCUUGAAGAACAAAGGCAAAUAUGAGAUUGGUUACAGUUUUUCUGUGGAGUCCACAGAACAUGGAUUACCCAAUCUGAGUGCACUGUUCUCCAUCCAGCCGCAGAAAGGGAAUUUGGGUGCCAACGACCGUCCUACUCAAGUACAGAUAAUUUUCCGCUCCAAGAAGGAAAUAAAAGUCGAGGACAAGCCCAUUCUGAUAUGCCAGGUUAUUGAGCCCAGUCUGUGUGAAGGAGGGGAGGUCAUCGCUAGCAUUCCAGUGAGACUGACGGUUCAUUCAUUGUUCACCAAAUACAAUAUUUCCCCUCCUUCACUCAUCAACUUUGGGCCUGUCAUGCAUGGUUCCCGGAAGAGCAGCAGCUUCACCAUUGAGAACAAAGGUUGCCUUGAGUUUAAGUUUGGCAUCAACAAGCAGAUCCGAGACAAUAUCAUCUCUCUGCGAAAAGGCACACCUUACAUCAAAAGCUCUCGCUCUCGUGAAGGAGACAUCAGACUGAAUGCUCCACUGGGCAGACAGAGCAGGCGUUCUGAAUCUCUGCAGAAGGACGUGAGCCUUGUAGCUCAGGCACGCUUCUCCCUUGGCAUCUUCUGUGUGUAUCCUGGAUUUGGCUCCAUUCUUCCAGGCGCCCAACAGGUCAUCAAUGUGGAUUGCAUCGCAGAUGCCAUUGGGAAAUCUGAGGAAUACCUAUCGAUCGAGAUCUCUGACAGAGACCCAGAAGACAACCCUAACGGCAUUCUGUAUACACUGAUUGCAGAAUCAUGCGUCCCAGGCUUUGUGACUGAUGAUUUCAGGUCUAUAUUUGAGGAGCAUCAGAUCUGCAACAGCAGCUGCCUCAACCAGGUGCUAAAGGGCACAGGUUGUGAAGGUGUCUUUGUGACAGAUGAGAACAAAUUUAUCUUCAAUAAUGUCCUAGUUGGGCACCAGGCAGCAGCCCAGUUUAAGAUCAGCAACCACGGCCGAGUCCCCUGUGAUGUGCUUCUUGCCAUCAAACCAAUCUCCAUCAAGUCUGCCAUUCGUGUCAGUGACAUCUUUGAGGUCCACCCUUCACGGAUGUCCAUUGCUAGCCGUUCGCAUGCCUUUGCAACUGUGACCUUCUUGCCACAAACGAUGCAGACCUACCAGUGCAUUUUUGAGGCUUCUCUUGAUCCUGUGACCAGCAUGGUUUCUAAAUCAAAGAGUUUAUCAUUUGAGAUCACUGGGGAUGGAAACCUUCCACAAGUUACCAUUGCUCGCCCUGUACUUCGCAAUAAAAAAGGGAACCCGCUUCUCCUCUUUAAGAAACUUCUGUUGGGCAAUACAGAGAAGCUCCCUCUUGUCCUUAAGAACAGUGGCAGUAUCCUGGUCCAGCUGCAUCUUGAUAUGUUAGAUGAACAUGGAGCUUUCAUGCUGAAUCCUAAGCCAAGCACCAGCUGCAUUUAUGUGUCUCAGGGUGAAGAGAAUGAAUCCAGUGAGGGAGGCAGGAAACCUCACACAGCCUCCCUAGUCCUGCACAAUGGGGAGUCAGCUGAGUUUGAUGUGAUUUUCCAACCCAAUGUGAUCCAACAAAUCGAAGCACUGAUCCAUCUCUCCAUCAUGGACAACCAGUAUGAGGAGACUACCAUCCAGAUGAUAGGUGAAGGCUACCAGGAUGAUAUCACACUGGACAACAUAACCAGUUUGAUGGCAGAGGGUGAUGGAGAGAACACUGAAAGGCACCUGGAAGAGGACAUAGCAGAGGGUGAACUGAUGGAUUGUAUCCAAUUUGGGGACUGUUACAUUGGAAAGGUCUAUCAAACAACGUUCACAAUCACCAAUCACAGCAAGUCAGAUGUGAUGAGAUUUGAAUGGCCCACUUGGGGCCCACUUCAGUUCUCUCCACAGGUUGGCCAUCUCCAUGCAGGAUGCUCCAAACAUACCAUCCUGACCUUGAAAUCCAGCAUGCCCAUCACCUUCAAGGCUCAGCCCAUCAAGUGCAAGGUUUGCAAGAUUGCCUUCCAGCCGCCUGCUGAGCAGGUGCCCGAUUGGGAUGAUUGCAUGCACACCGUCAAGUGGGUUGACAUUUCAAAGACAGCCCCGGCCACACGCCCAUCUAAGAAGAAGGUGAUAGAGACUGACCCUGAGCCUGUUCACACUGUUGUGGAAGACAGUGGACGAGAGCUGGAGCUUCAGGUCAGCGCCACCAUUGAUUACGCCCAGUAUAAGAUGGAGGUGGACCCUGUGCACUUCAAGGAGACACUGCUCUUCCAAACGCGAGUGUUCAAAUUGGAACUUUUCAAUACCGGGAAUGUACAGCUGGAAUACUUCUGGAAAGUGGUCAUGGAGGACAGCGGGAGGGCAGUCAACUUUGCUAAGGAGCUUUUGCCAACAAGCCCAGAAGGGGAACUUCCAUCUGCUCCAUCGGGUCUUUCCGUCAAGUCCCAGUUCAGCCGACCACUUAGCCAGCUAGGGAGUGUUUUGGAGAGCUUUUCUUCCUACCUGCUCCCAACAACACCCGGCCCCCCAUUCUACAUGGAGCCCAGUUCUGGUAUCAUCCCCGCUGGGAGUUCCCAGGUCCUCCACGUGAAAUUCUCUCCUCAGGAACUUGGAGAGUUUGAAGGUCGCCUUCUCUGCAGCAUUUGUAACCUGAAGCCUGAAGAGGAAGGCCCAGUGGUGACUGUAAAGGGGAAGAGCCUCCUCCCCUAUUGCCAUUUUGAGCUGGAAGAGUCGGAUUACAUCACUGCAAACAGACGCAAUUCAGACCUGCGAGGACCUGGGGGAGCAGCCCUGGAUCUGAGCACAAAAGUGAUUGAAUUCAAAUCGCUAGGAGUGCACAUCAGAAAUACCAAGAGCUUUGCAAUUGUGAACCCCACCAAUGCCCCUUACAAUUUCCAGUGGACCUGCGAGCAACAGGAGGACAGACAAGAACGAGCCUUUGUCUGCUUUACUGAGAGGGGUCUGCUCCGAUCUGAGAAAAGAGUAGAGGUCAUAUUUGAAUUCUUCUCCAAACAUCUGGGCAUCACAGAAUCCUUUUGGACUUUCACAAUCCCUGAACACAGCAUUUCUGUCCCAUUCCUCUUGGUGGGCCACACCACGGACCCUGCUCUGUCUCUGGAUAGACACCACAUCAACUUCCACUCAGUCUUGAUUGGACACGAGGCACGUGACAGCAUCAAUAUUAUCAACAAUGAGAAUGAAACCUUCAGUUUUACUUUCAGAGAGAGCUCCCGCUUUUCAGAGGGACGAAUCAACUGUCUGAAAGUACAGCCCAUGGAAGGCUCCAUCUCGCCUUGUUCCAGGUUUCCUGUUAAUAUCAGCUUCAUGCCAACGCUGGAAGGGGAAGUAAACUUUAACCUGAUCUGCGAUGUCAACAGGAAGUGCAACCCACUUUGCUUGAAUGUUAAAGCUACUGGCCACACCAUGAACUUGACUGUGAAGUACGAUGAAAGUCACAAUGUGACUAUUGAGCUGGACCCUGACCAGGUGAACACUAUCCACUUCAAACAGAUGCAAGUGAAUGAUUAUGCUCAGUAUACCUUCUAUAUCCUGAACACUGGGAAAUUUAACUUCACCUUCACCUGGGAGUUCCACAACACUAAAGCAUUGCAGCGAUAUUUUGCCAUCUCUCCAAACAGUGGCACGGUGGAACCCGGGGAACGAAUAGAGAGCGUAUUGUCAUUCCACCCACUGAAAACAUGUACCUUAAAGGAUGUUGAGCUCAGACUACAAAUCAGCCAUGGCCCCACGUUUGUUUGUGCACUCCGAGGUACGGCUGUAUCUCCCAGCAUCCAUUUCUCUUUUACUAAAGUGGACUUUGGAAACUGCUUCAUCUACCAUGCUGGGAUGCCCAUUCCCAAACGAGUCCUGACAAUCACAAAUAAGGAUGACAAAGUUGUAAGCCUGGACUGCUUGUUCAGCAAUACACCUUACCUUGAGGUGGGUUUCCAUGGUGAAGUGCUCUAUCCUGGAGGAAAAGCAGAGAUUCCAUUCACCUUCUAUCCUCGAGAGGCCAUUUCCUACCAUGAAUCUGUCACUUUUGAAAUCAAUGGGCUCUUACAAAGGAUUGUUGAAGUUUGUGGAAAGGGAAUUGAGAUGAAGAUUGAUGUUUUGCAACCUUCAAGCAAAGUUUUGAAAUUUGGAGCUGUUCCUUCAGGACACACUGUGAAGAAGACAGUUACCUUAGUGAACAAUAGUGUUUGCUCUGUCUGCUUCAAUCUUAGUUUUAUGUCUACUGUGCCAGAGUUGCAGGAAACAAAGGUUCUGACUAUGUCACCUUCUACUGAAAUAAGACUGAAGCCCAAAGGAAGUACCUGCUGCGUGGAGGUCACUUUCAGCCCGAAAAGCCGGAUCCUGCAAUUCACAGAGGAGGUCCUCCUUGAGUGCUAUGGAAUUCUGCAAUCCCUCUUUGUUGUGCAAGGUUGCUCUCAGGGCAUUGAAGUCAGCCUGGACCAGAAUCAUAUCCCUUUUGGUGCGGUGGUGCAGCGGAGCCAGGCAUCUAGACGGAUCAUGAUGCAGAACACAGGGGACAUUGGAGUAGGAUUUAAAUGGGAUGUGAAGCACUUCAAGCCAGAUUUCUCCAUCAAACCUGUGGAGGGCUACAUUUCUCCAGGAAUGGACGUCGCCUUCGAAGUGACCUUUCACCCCUAUGAACAGAGCCAGGACAUCUGCUAUGACAACCUCCUGUGCCACAUCCAAGGCAGUGAGCCCCUCAAGCUCACUUUGAGUGGGUGCUGCGUGGGAGUCCCCUCAGUCAAAGAGGUGGUUAAUUUCCAGUGCCAGGUGCGUGGAAAGCACACACAGAUCAUCAUGCUGUCCAACCGGACCAACCAGCCAUGGACCCUGCGGCCCAUCAUUGAGGGCGAGCAGUGGAAAGGCCCAGAGUUCAUUAGGGUGGAAGCCCACCAGCAAAACAAGCCCUAUGAAGUCACCUACAGGCCUCUCACCAUGAAUGUGGAUGGCAGGAAGGAUCAGGGCGCCGUCUUUUUCCCACUCCCAGAUGGGACAGGGCUUUUGUACCUCCUACAAGGCACCACAGAACCUCCCAAGUCUUCAGGGAACAUCGUGAGGGAAGUUCCAUGUAAAACAUCUUACACUGAGCUGUUUCCCAUCUCCAAUUGGCUCAACAAGCCACAGAGGUUCCGUGUCUCAGUAGACAUGAUAAGACCAGAGCGGCUGGAAGUGACCACCACCUUGAAAACCCUGGAUUAUAUUGACGUGCCCGCCUCUGCCAAGAAGGAUCACAAGCUCACCUUCUUCUCUUAUAAGGAAGGAAUGUUCUGUGCAAAGGUGACAUUCCGCAAUGAGGUGACGCAGGAAUACCUGUUCUACUUGAUCACAUUCAAGGCCAUCCCUUGUGGCCCUCUUGGCACCAUUGAGUUGAGCACCUCUGUCCGACAAAGCACCUCCUCCUCUGUGAAAGUUGAAAACCCCCUACACUAUCCAGUGGCCUUCAGCACAGACUGCAAAAUGCCUGACAUUUCUUUGCCACUCCAGUUCAUCAUCCCGGCUCAGUCUGAGGGAGCGCUUACCUUUGAAUUCCAACCAAUGAGGCCUGGAGAAACUAGUGGGCGUCUGACCCUGAACAGCAACGAGUUGGGUUCCUUCCAGUACGACCUGAUCUUGAAAGCCACACCAGCUCGGCCAGAGAAGGCCCUUUACUUCUGUACCAUGCUGGGCAGCAGCCAGAUUAUUAUCACCAAGUUUGUCAACUACACCCGUCAAAAGACAGAGUACUCCACCAAAAUUGACAGCCCUGAUUUCCACGCAGACAAAGUCAUCAAUGCAGCUGCAGGAUCUCAAACAGGCACAGAGAUCCACUUGGAGGUGAUCUUUGAACCUUGCCAACUGGGAGAAACAAGGGGAACUCUUGUCCUUUCCUCCACCAUAGGCGGAGACUACAUAAUCCCUCUCUUUGGCACAUCAAUUCUCCCUAAGCCUCAGGGGCCUUUUCAAAUCAGAUCUGGGUCCAACACAACCAUCGCCUUCAAGAAUGUGUUCUUGCAGCCCAUGUCCUUCUCCUAUGCUGUGGAGAACCCUGCCUUCACUGUUAAGGCCCCGGAAAACAUUCGUUCCAAAAAAACUGCCACAAUUGUAGUCUCUUUUGAUGGGCAUCCUAGUGGCACCAAAGCCCCCAUCACCAGCAAGCUGGUCGUCUCUUGCCCACGUGCAACUGGGGUGGGCUCUGGUGUCUCCUGGGUUUACUAUCUAAAGGGUAUCAUGCCUGAGAAAUGAGCUCCUAGAGACUAAAUAGUGCAGUCCUGCUUGUUCAAGCAUCACCACCAAGGAAGAAAAGGCCUCUGAAACUUCCUAGAGUCCGAUUUCCCCAUGGGAUGUUUUCCUUGCUUCCAGCUGUAUUUUUCAAGAACAAAAAAGCCCUCUAUGGAUGAAUGUCCCCAGGACAAGUAGGAAGGGCUGAAGGAUGUGGUCUGCAGGCCUUGUACAGGUAAGAUCCUCACCAGAACACAGGCCCAGGAGGACAGCAUGCACCAUUCUAGGAGCAUACUUCUUAUCUUAAAGAUCGUUCCCACACAAGGUUGUAACUACUGAAUGAAUUACAGAAGUAACAGUCCGAAACAUUCCCUGGAGAUGUGCAAGACAACCUCCAUAAAGCCCAAGGUCUGAAAGAAGUUUCCCAUUCCUUUCGGCAAUGCUCAUUUGUUACACAAGAUUUUAUUUUGGAAUAAACUUAUUAAAUAAAACAAAA